AGAGGCCGGGGACCUGGUCCAGCAGGGCGUCAGCUUCCCGGGGCCGGAGGAGGACGAUCUAGACCAGCCGUACCCGUGGUCUCCCACGCAGCCCUUCGAUGAGGAGAGGUACUCCCCCGCCCCCAGGAACAUGAAGGGGCUGUCGGGGGGCCGGGCCCCGCCACAGCUGUGCUCCGCCCACACCUGCGGCCUGGCGCCCCCCGAGGACUGCGAGCACCUGCGCCUGGGCCUGGGCCCGGACCCGCGCCAGCCCUACCUGCUCAGCCCCCCGGCCGGCUGCCCGCUGGACCCCCGCCGCUGCUCGCCGCGCAGCUCCGUGCACUCGGAGUGCGUGAUGGUGCCCGUGGUGCUGGGCGACCACGUGUCCAGCAGCACCUUCCCCCGCAUGCACUACAGCUCGCACUACGACGGCCGGGAGGACUGCGCCGGGCCCCACGCGGGCGCCAAGGCCAACCGCAUCCCCGCCAACCUCCUGGACCAGUUCGAGAAGCAGCUGCCGCUGCACAGGGACGGCUUCCACACGCUGCAGUACCAGCGGGCGACGGCCGCCAGCGCCGAGCCGCGCGGCGAGAGCCCCGGCCGCAUCCGGCAUCUGGUCCACUCGGUGCAGAAGCUCUUCACCAAGUCCCACUCCCUGGAGGGCUCCUCCAAGGGCAACGCCAACGGGGCCAAGGCGGACGGCCGGGCGGACGACCACGCCCACGGCCACCACGCCAAGCACGGCAAGCGCAGCAAGAGCAAGGAGCGCCGGCCCGAGGGCAAGCACCGCUCGGGCCUGAGCAGCUGGUGGAGCUCGGACGACAACCUGGACAGCGACAGCACCUACCGCGGCCCCGGCCUGGCCCACCGGCACCUGGCGGACCACGUGGCCCGCUGCUACCCCGAGCCGCUGCCCGGCCCCUUCGGCGACCUCUCCCUCAAGACCUCCAAAAGCAACAACGACGUCAAGUGCUCGGCCUGCGAGGGCCUGGCCCUGACGCCCGACGCCAAGUACAUGAAGCGCAGCUCGUGGUCCACGCUGACCGUGAGCCAGGCCCAGGAGGCCUAUCGCAAGAGCUCGCUGAACCUGGACAAGCCCCUGGUGCCCCCGGAGAUCAAGCCGUCCUUGCGGCCCUGCCACUACCUCCAGGUGCCUCAGGACGAGUGGGCCGGGUACCCGCCCGGGGGCAAGGACGAGGAGAUCCCCUGCCGGAGGAUGCGGAGCGGCAGCUACAUCAAGGCCAUGGGCGACGAGGACAGCGGGGAGUCCGACUCCAGCCCCAAAACGUCGCCCACCGUGGCCAUGCGGCCGGAGCCCUUGCUCAAGUCCCUGGGACCGAGGCCGCUGGGAGGGCUGCAAACCCAGAGCUACCUGCAAGCCGCCAGCGACGGGCCCGCCGGCCACGGCCUGGACCCCUCUGCCAACUACAACUCCCCGAAGUUUCGCUCGAGGAACCAGAGCUACAUGAGGGCGGUCAGCAUGCUGAGCCAGGCCAGCUGUGUGAGCCAGAUGAGCGAGGCGGAGGUCAACGGGCAGUUCGAGUCGGUGUGCGAGUCCGUCUUCGGCGAGGUGGAGUCGCAGGCCAUGGACGCCCUGGACCUGCCCGGCUGCUUCCGGACGCGCAGCCACAGCUACCUGCGCGCCAUCCAAGCCGGCUAUUCCCAGGACGACGAAUGUCUCCCCGCGCUGACGCCCUCCCACGUCACCUCCACCAUCCGGUCCACGGCAGCCGCCGUCUCCUACGCCAACUACAAGAAGACGCCGCCGCCCGUGCCCCCCCGGACCACCUCCAGGCCCCUCAUCUCGGUGACGGCCCAGAGCAGCACCGAGUCCACGCAGGACGCCUACCAGGAGGGCCGCGCCCAGAGGGGCUCCCCGUGGGCCCAGGACGGCCGCGGCCUCUACAACUCCACCGACAGCCUGGACAGCACCAAGGCCCUGAGCCUGGCCCUGGAGACGGCCGCCCAGCGCCACGCCGCCGACGGCCCGAGCCCGGGGCGCGGGGACAAGGCCAUCCUGGCGUCCAAGGCCGAGGAGUUCCUCCGAGGCCGGCUCACCUCCAUCGGCGUCCAGGAUUCUGAGUUCCCAGAGCGUCAGCCAUACCCAAGGUCGGAUGUGGAGACCGCCACGGACUCGGACACGGAGAGCCGCGGCCUGCGCGAGUACCACUCGGUCGGCGUGCAGGUGGAGGACGAGAAGAGGCACGGGCGCUUCAAGCGGUCCAACAGCGUGACGGCGGCCGUGCAGGCGGACCUGGAGCUGGAGGGCUUCCCGGGGCAGGUGACCAUGGAGGACAAGGGCCUGCAGUUCGGCAGCUCCUUCCAGCGGCACUCGGAGCCCAGCACGCCCACGCAGUACGGGGCCUUGCGGACGGUGCGCACGCAGGGCCUCUUCAGCUACCGGGAGGACUACCGGGCGCCCGUGGACACGGCGCCCCUGCCCCCGCCCGAGCCCUGGCUGGAGUCGUCCCUGGACGCGGCCGAGAGCGGGCGGGUGUCGCCCUGCCGCAGGGACGGCUCCUGGUUCCUGAAGCUGCUGCACACGGAGACGCAGAGGAUGGAGGGCUGGUGCAAGGAGAUGGAGCGGGAGGCCGAGGACAACGACCUGGCCGAGGAAAUCCUCGGCAAGAUCCGGAGUGCGGUCGGCAGCGCCCAGCUCCUCAUGUCCCAGAAGUUCCAGCAGUUUUACUGGCUCUGCCAGCAGAACCUGGACCCCAGCGCCAUGCCCAGGCCCACCUCCCAGGACCUGGCGGGCUACUGGGACAUGCUGCAGCUCUCGGUGGAGGACGUCAGCAUGAAGUUCGAUGAGCUGCAGCGGCUGAAGCUCAGCGACUGGAAGCUCACGGCGUCUCCGGAGAGAAAGGAAGAACGGAAGGUCCCCCCUCCGAUACCAAAGAAGCCCCCCAAAGGGAAGUUCCCCAUCACGAGAGAGAAGUCCCUGGACCUGCCGGACCGGCAGCGGCAAGAGGCCCGGAGGCGCCUGCUGGCCGCCAAGCGGGCGGCGUCCUUCCGCCAGAACUCGGCCGGCGAGCGCGCCGACAGCAUCGAGAUCUACAUCCCCGAGGCCCAGACGCGGCUCUAGGACACGGGACGAGGGCCGCCUGUCCUCGGCCCGGUUCCCGCAGCGGACCCUGCCCGGCCCGCCUGUGCCCGCGGGGCUGCCCGCCGCUGCCGACGCCGUCUUUUCUAUUCCCCGGGCGGGACGGUCUGACUCACAGGCGCCCCGACGGGCAGGCGUGGGACCUCUCGGGAGAGCAGGACACGCCUCUGGAGAGGGACCCGCUCACAUUUUGUUAUUUCUAUUUUUAUAAUCGUGAGAUAAUCAGAGGCAAGAACCACAAACACGUUCAAACGGGUGCAUCUCCCCACUCCCUGGAGGCACUGCCCCCCCUCUCCCCCGCCCCCGGCAGGCACGGCCCCCUGAAGUGCAGGGAGCCCCCGCCUGGGGCUGCUGCUCCUGUCCCCGCUGACCCUCCCCAUGUUCCGUGUGCCAAGGGUACGGUAACGAGCAAGAAGGCACCUCCACCGCCCCCCACCCCGCCCCCCACGUGUGUCUCCAUGACCCAGAGGCCCAGGUCGGACCCUGGGAGCGCCCAGCACCACCGACACGUAAGGAAGGUCCCUUCACAGGAGGGGGCGAAGCAUCAUCAAGGUGGGUGUCGAGGCGGCUGGCGCUCCCGUGGCGGGCGGGCGCGCAGAUGGGCGGGGAGCAGAUGCCCUGACCCCGAGAGGGAGCCCGGUGCGCCCCCGCCUCCGUGACCUCCGCACACGGUCCGCCUGUCAGCCUCGCCCUCACGCUGCGUGGGAUCCAUUCAUAGAUGUGUGCUCGGCCUCCAGCGCUGUCGGGGACCCCUGAGGGCGCCCUUCAGGAAAACAGGCCAACAGGAAGUGUGCUUGUUGGAGGACAGUUGUGAUGCGAAAAGUUUAAGGAAUAGGCAUGGGCGGGCGGGCGGGGGGGGGGGGGGUUGCGGAGCCCUCCGUCCAGGCCGCCUGUCUCAGUCGCGAUGGGGCCGUCACGCGUGGUGCCUCAGCGGGACUCUGAGGGUGCUCGCGGUUCCGGCGGGCGCCCCAGAGCAGCGGGAGGACGCAAAGGCUCCGUGGUGCGUACACCUAGCCCCGCGACCGGCAUUCCGGAAGGACAGGAGGGUGCUGUGCAGAGGAGAAGUGUCACCACCGACCCCACUCGGUUCCCCGUCCCCCAGGUGAAGGCAGGCGCUCCCCGAGGACAGGUGUCCGCGCCCCACACCACGUCUUCCGCCCGCCGCUCCGGGCUGGGCUCGCCUGGCCUCGCUGAGCCGCGUCCGGUCCCCGCGCAGCCCUUUGUCCAGCCCUGUGACUCGCACUUUAGGCCGCGCCCAGCUCUCUGCCCCUGGCACCUGCCGGGGCGCAGUGAGGGGCGCCCCGCCCCCCGCCCUCUGCAGCCUGCAGGACACCACCCCCCCCCCCCCCACCGCACCGAGCAUGGGCGCCCUCGGAGCACAGUGGACACUAUCGCAUGUCUGUCUCGCUUCAAACAGUUUUACUUUUUUAAAGCUGAGUCGUUAAGAACUCCCUGUAAGAACAGCACCCUGUAAAUUGAACCUCAUAUCCGGUAUAUAGUUUACCAAACAGCCUUAAAAUAUAUUUGGAAGCAAAAAUCAGUACGAAUGUAUAUCCUUGAAAAUGCAAAAAAAUAAUAAUACUAUUUCCCUGGAAUAUUCUUCUAUAAUGAGUCCUACUUCCC